AUGAUCUCGAUAGAUGAGUCGAUUGAUAAAUUCAAUAAGGCCAAUGAAACCCGACCCUCUUUACCCGAACCCCCACGACCCGAUAAUUCCGUAGCAUUUAAUGUACCACCCUGUGAUAUGCCAACAUUUAAUGGAGAUUUCAAAUCUUGGCCCUCUUUUCGAGAUCUUUUCAAAGCCAUCUAUGGAAACAAUACCCGCUUAAGUGAAGUUGAAAAACUCUUUUAUCUUAAGCAAAAAACAAGCGGCGAAGCCAAAGAAAUCGUUGACGAUGCACCCUUAACGAAUGAAGGCUUUCUCAUUGCGUGGACCCAACUCGUCUCUCAAUAUGAGAACAAACGAAUGCAAAUUAAUGCGCAAUUACAAACCCUUUUUAAUUUACCCUCAGUAAGCACCAUGUGUAGUGCUUCUAUAAGAAAGCUUCAGAGAAAGAUAAAUUGUUGUAUUGCGAAUUUAAACUCAUUAGAGAUUGAUACGUAUAAUUGGGAUCCUAUCUUUAUAUAUCUCUGUUUAACGAAACUACCCAGGGAAACCAGAAGAGAAUUUGAAAGAACUCUUCAUGAUUGCGGUGAAAUGCCUUCUUGGACUGAUCUAGAUUUGUUUCUAACGAAUACAUUUAAAGAACUUAUAUCUGUCGAUGAUCUUCCAGAUAAUAGUUCAAACCCUAACACAUACCCAAAACCCAAACAUUUCCAAAAAGGCAAUACAUUUCACAAUUUAAUCUAUGGUACAGAUGACACCCACUCUAAACAUAAACCUCAAUAUGAACAACAAUUCUCAAAUUCUACCCGAAAAUACCCAAACUCACAAAAUAUAACCAAUGGUUCUAUUUCCGUUAGUCAUUUAACUGAAAGAUGUGGUAGCACAUUUACGUGCAGAUAUUGUAGUGGUCCACAUAACACCCUUUUACACAUUCCAAAUUCAAAUCCGAACCCAGAUAUUGACGACAAUCAACAGUCGACGUCUACAAAUGCAAUACAAUCUUUCUCCACCCAAACCCGAUCAAGCGAACACACUUUAGAUAACAGAUCUAAGUUAUUAGGAACUGCGGUUAUACAUGUUGAUUAUCAAGGAAAAAUAUACCCAGCAAGAGCGCUAAUUGAUCCAGCUUCAGAUUUUUCAUUUAUAUCUGAAAGAUUGCAACAAAAUUUACGUCUACCCACCAAACAUAUAACAGCUGAAAUAUCAGGUUUGAAUGAAGUUGUAUCAGCUCGUUCAAACGAAAUGUGUGCAGUCACUCUAAGGUCCAAUACCCAAAAACGAUUUAGUUUAGAAAUCCAAGCGAUAGUGAUUAAAACGGUAACUAAAACCCUACCUACCCAAAAUAUUAACCCAAAUAUUAUUAAUAAUAUUAAAAAUGUGCAGUUAGCUGAUCCUAGCUUUUAUGAAAGCAGGCCUAUCGACCUUAUAAUAGGAAGUGAUUUUUACCCGCAGAUUAUAAAAUCUGGCGUUAAGAAUAAUGUUCUUAACACACUUUUAGCUCAGGAUACCAAAUUUGGUUGGAUCUUGACUGGAUCAAUAGAAGAGACUCACCAUACUCGAACCCAACCCAAAACCCAAAGAGUAAUAUCAUAUUUCAGCUCACUUACCCUAAAUGAAAGUUCAACCCAAAGAACUACAGAACCAGUUGAAGAAUUUAAAUGUAAAGAUAUAUUUACACAAACUACCCAAGAUAUACCCGAUGUGCGCUAUCAUGUAGAUCUUCCAUUUCGUAUCAGUAAUUUCGAAUUUAGUAACUCUCGCCAUAAGGAAAGGGUAAAAUAUUUAAGAAAUGCGAAGAAUCAUGCAGUUAACCCACCCUAUAACACACUUCAAGAAUAUGUUGAUCAAGAUCACAAACCCACCCAAUUUAAUAAAGCUAGUUCUUCAACAAAUCUUAAUGAUCUACCCAAUAAUGCUGUUGCUACACCCGAUCGUUUUAUGACGAAUUUUAGUUUCAAUGCUUUGAGCGAAACUUUGUACCCGAGUCCUACCCUAAAGAAUGAAUACCUCACAGAGUUAAAUAAAGGAUGUACUCCAGCCGAUAGAAAUGUGAUCUGA